AUGGCAACCGACUACGGCAAGAAGACCAAUGCUGAGCUAGUGGAGAUCCUCAAGUCUCGCUCCUUGCCUCACACUGGCAAGAAGGCAGAGAUGGUUGCCCGCCUGCAGGAGGAUGAUAACAGCAAGGCUCAGACUGCAGCGCCGGCCGCAAAAGCCGAUAACGCAGAGGAUGUGAUUGACUGGGAGGAUGAUGAUGUUCCUGCCGCAGAUGCUGCCACAACGAAGCCCUCGACCGAGGCUGGUGCUGCUACGAUCGCUGCUGGCGGCCAGGCCGCUGUCUCUAACCCUACUGCAGUUCCGAACCAGCAGCAAGACAUCAAUCCCGCUACUACAGACGAUCUUAAGGUAGAAUCUAACGGGGAUGCUGCCCCCACCGCACAAGAGGGAACCGAGGCAGCACCUGCUGAAGUGGCUGAGACGACUGAGGCAGCUCCGGCUGAGGAGAAGCCCGCGCCGGACUACUCCAUUGGCCUUUCCGUUACUGAUAUGGAGGAGGAGUUGAAGAAGCGUAAGGCUCGUGCCGAAAAGUUUGGUAUUACUGAAGAUUCGAAGACCGCUAUUGAAGAAGCGGAGAGAAAGCUCGAGAGGGCCAAACGAUUUGGUGCUGCUCCCGAGGAACCGGCUACAACCGGAGUUAGCAAAUUGGACCAGGCACUUCCUAGCGAAAAGACCCGCAAGAGGGGUCGCGGCGAGAAUGAUCAAGGCAAGCGGGGAGGCAAAAGACGGGAUUUCGGUGGAAGGAACAGGAAUCAGAAUCAGAAUCAAAAUCAGAACCGGCGACGGGGUCCGGGUAAUCGUAACCAAGGUCAAAACCAACGCAGCACUGAGAAACCUGCCAGCAGCUUGAGUGAAAAGGAUAAGCUCGCUUUGGAGGCUAGGAAGAAGCGAUUUGGAACCGCUGCGUGA